AUGGUGCGUUUGUCUCUUCGUGUUGCAGCAUCUGACAUACUACAGAAUAGAGAGAGAAUAAAGUUGAGAAGAAGAAGAGGUAGAGGAAGAGCGACGCAACGAACACAAAAUAGGGUUGCACCACAGAUUCCUAUAGAAGAAGAAGAAGCAAUGCAUAGUUCAAUAACUUGUGACGCACGACACAUCCCUCUGGAUCUCCUGAUCGAGAUUCUGACGAGAUUGCCUGCGAAAUCUGUUCUGAAAUUCAAGAGUGUCUCGAAGUUUUGGUUAUCUCUCUUGUCCUCUAGAGAAUUUUGCAACCGUUUCCUUAUGGUCCCAUCUCAACCUCGUCUUUACAUGUCUUUAAAGGACCGCCGCUUCUAUUCUAAGUCUCUGCUCCUAUCAUCAGCCGUUCCAAGCCCGUUUCCUUCUACCUUAGAAUUCGACCAGGAUCUGACUGUCCGUAGGAUGGGAGGCUUCAACCCACGCUUUCUCCAUGGCUUUAUUUGCUUCAUGUAUUAUUUAAAUGCCCGGGUCUAUAACCCUACCACCAGACAACUUUAUAUCAUACCUCUUAUCAAAGAAUCUGAUAUCAUAGCUGAGGGUCGCGACCUUCAUUAUGAUCCUUAUACCAUCCAAUACUAUAUGGGCCACGAUCCUGUAAAGGAUCAGUAUAAACUACUCUGCACAAUUUUUGUAGAGGAUAUGGGAAAGAAAAGGUCUGAGUAUUGGGUGUAUGUUCUAGAAAGUGGUGGCUCGUGGAAAAGGAAAAGCGUUGCAAAUGAUUUUCAUCCUCAUGAGCCUGAUAUAUUAGCAUUAUGUAUGAAAGGAGCUAUAUAUUACUGUGCGUGGACUGAUACAUAUACAUGUGUGCUUGUGAGGUUCGAUGUCAGGUCAGAAGGAUUUGAUAUGAUGCAAAUACCUUGGAUAGAGAAGCUAACUACAGAUGAGAAGACAGUGUCUCAAAUAGAUUAUGGUGGAACAGUAGCUGUCAUUGACAUUACCUAUCUAAAAGAGACAGGUACCGUGGAUCUAUGGGUUGUGGAAGAUUGGACGAAGAAAGAAUGGUCGAGGAAGACUUUGGUUUUGAAGCCUUGUCAGAUGCAUUUAGUCAUUACCAAUCGUUUGACAAUAAGAGGUACAAAUCUAAAAGGCAAGGUUAUUUUGUUUCCGCGAGACUUGAUUUCUCCCUUUUACAUCUUGUGCUAUGAUCUACACACGAAUAAUCUCGAAUGGAUUGAGAUCAAAGGGAUACCGGAUUCCUGGUUUAGUAAGGAUGAAGAUAUCACAUAUUUUGACGUGGAUUUCCUGCAUCCGAGUGAGAGCAUCAGGUACUUGGAAUCUGAGCGUAAGAUUUUCAGAUAA